AUGCAUUCACUCCCGUUUCUCCUUGCUGUCACCGUUAUAGGAUCGCUGUACGUGAUCCUCACCAAGGGCCGUAGGGAAAAGGGCCUCCCUCCUGGACCCCCCACCCUACCGAUCCUAGGAAACCUCCAUCAAAUACCGAUAAAAGGAUCCUAUCUCAAAUUCACAGAAUGGGCAGCCAAAUACGGCGGUCUGUACUCCCUCAAGCUCGGCACUGGAACAGCAAUUGUCAUCACCGACCGCCGCAUCGUCAAGGAGCUGGUCGACAAGAAAAGCUCCAAAUACAGCAACCGGCCGGAAUCGUUCCUCGCGAAUGCGAUCACUGGUGGGUCGCAUCUGCUGGUUAUGCAGUAUGGGCCACUGUGGCGCACGAUGCGUAAGCUGGUGCACCAGCACUUCAUGGAGUCGGUGGUCGAGAAGAGCCAUAUCCAGGUCCAGAAUGCCGAAGCGGUGCAGAUGGUGAGAGACUUUUGCGUGCGGCCUGAUCAGCAUAUGCUGCAUCCCAAGCGGUUCAGUAACAGCAUUAUCAUGAGUUUGGUGUACGGAGUUCGGACACCCUCGGUGCAGACAGCGCAUAUGGCGCAGCUGUAUGACAUGAUGGAAGGAUGGUCCAAAGUGAUGGAACCCGGCAAUACCCCCCCAGUUGACAUCUACCCUUUCCUACACUACAUUCCUCAAAAGGUUUUCGGUAAUUGGUUCUCACGCGCAAAAGGCGUCCGUGAAGAAAUGGGUCAGCUCUACAGUCAGUAUCUCGACCUCGUGUACGAUCGCCGCAAGAAAGUCGGCAGCGCAGGCUCGUUUAUGGAUACGGUGAUUGACCAGAAUGAGAAGCUCGGCCUCACGCGCCAUCAGUUGUAUUUCCUGGGAGGUGUCCUGAUGGAGGGCGGAUCUGACACAACGAGCUCAAUUAUCUUGGCUUUCAUCCACGCCAUGACCAAAUGGACGGACGUUUUGAAGAAGGCGCAGGCUGAGAUCGAUGCUGUUGUUGGCGAGGACAGGACGCCCGUGUGGUCUGACUACGACAAGUUGCCCUAUAUUGCAGCAACAGUCAAGGAGGCCAUGAGAUGGAGGCCGGUUGUCCCGUUGGCGUUUCCUCAUGCUGCUACUGAAGAUGAUUGGAUUGACGGCCACUUCAUUCCCAAAGGAAGCACGGUUAUCGUCAACGGCUGGGGAAUGCACCACGACGAAUCUCGCUUCACAGACCCUUCUGUCUUUGACCCAGACCACUACAAGGGUCAAAUGGCCCUUGCGCCCGAACUCGCCAAUGCCUCCGACUACACUUCACGCGACCAUUACGGCUACGGCACCGGACGCCGCAUCUGCCCGGGUAUCCAUGUUGCCGAGCGCAACCUGUUCCUGGCCAUUUCGAAGAUUAUAUGGGCCUUUUCCAUCCAGCCAGGCCUCGACGAGACAGGCGAGCCCAUUAAGCCGGACUUGGAUCCUAAGACAGGGUACAGUGAAGGGUUCCUAGUAUGCGCGAAUGACUUUCCGUGUCGAAUCACACCAAGGUCAGAAGCCAGGCGAGAGACUAUCAUGGAAGAGUAUCGGAAAGCACAAGAAGACGUGUUUUCGCGGUUUGAGAGCCCACCUUUAUAG